AUGCAGCAAUACGGCCAGUUGCAGACAUCGAUGCAGCAAUACGGCCAGUUGCAGACAUCGAUGCAGCAAUACGGCCAGUUGCAGACAUCGAUGCAGCAAUACGACCAGUUGCAGACAUCGAUGCAGCAAUACGGCCAGUUGCAGACAUCGAUGCAGCAAUACGGCCAGUUGCAGACAUCGAUGCAGCAAUACGGCCAGUUGCAGACAUCGAUGCAGCAAUACGGCCAGUUGCAGACAUCGAUGCAGCAAUACGGCCAGUUGCAGACAUCGAUGCAGCAGUGUGACAAGCCGCGCCUUUUCGUGCAGCUUCCCCACCCAGACAUGAGUUUACUUCAUGGACAGCAAGCACCGAGCCAGGAAGAGAUAGUGUAUCUAUUUGUAUUUCCUUGUUGCUGA